AUGGCCAUUGAGAUCGGUUACUCUUGCACUGUCUCUUCGCGCUUGUUUGAGGAAGAGUCGGUCGGAGUAGGGAUAUUUGAAGUCCUGAGCGGACGUUCGAAAAAAAUGCGCACCUUGAGAGAAUUGCAGGCCCCCGCCGCUCCAAACACCAUCGGAAACCUUCCGCCCCAGCAUAUUCUAUUGCCCCUACCCCUGUCCCCGAGACCAGGACCGAGCUCUGAGGAGAGGGUGAAUGAAAUGAAAUGUAAGGACUUGUGGAAGCUUGUGAAGUCUGAGGACGAGGAGCCGUACAGAGACGCGCUCCGGAUCCGGCUGGAUCGGGCAAGUCUUUGCCUGGUGUGCGCAAAGCCUGCGCGCUGGUUCCUUGUCCCCACCAAGAACAUCGACCUCGUAUUGACAUACGAAUUCUACGUUUCUCCAUCUUCAUCUGGGGUGUGCAUGCAUUCGACAACCGGUUUCGAAAAUAUUCGCAAUCCUACCCCUCGGGCCAUAGUAUCAAGCACAGUCGGUGCCAGAAACUUGACGAUGUGGAGCAUAAACCGGGAUCGGUUGAGGAAGCCUGUAGAACGGGAAAACAGCGCUUUUAUGAGACUUUUCGCACCUAAAGUCAACACCGUGAAGACCCUUAAUGCUCGGCCUGGCCGACGGAAAAAAUGGAGCCUGGCUUUAUUAAUGACAUUAUCAAUACUCCUCUCUUGGCUGGUUCGACACGUCCUCAGAAGCAACCGUGACCUUAACGCUGCAGUCAUCUUUACCUAUGUUCCCAACCGACUUCUCAAUCCUGGACUGCAAUUUGAUGAAGCUCAGAACAGGAUGGUUGCAUUGGAAGAAACCGUCGGCCACCUACAAACUUCGUUCAGCAUACACCACGACAGACUCUCUCGAUUGGAGCAUAUCAAUGCCGGGCUCUCAGAAACCAUCGAGCGCCUUGUUAAUGAGCUAUUGCGACGUCACUCGCUUGAUCCUGUUGGUCGCCCAGAUUUCGCUUUAGGAUCUUUUGGUGGUCGCAUAUACCCCCAACUCACUUCUCCGACUUAUUCCGAAUCUGGAUUUGGCUGGCUUAGGCCCGUCUUCGGCUCGAGGCUAAAGGUCCAUCCGCCUGCAAUUGCCCUGGAUGCUAGGAAUGACAUAGGCUCAUGCUGGCGCUCUGCUUCAAGCAACGGCCAGCUGGGCAUCAUCCUGGCAGAUAACAUACACAUCACACAUGUCACGAUCGAGCAUCUCCCUCGCGCGCUGCGUACCAGCGAUGGGUUAGCACCCAAACGUAUCAUGGUUUGGGGUCUAGUCGAUGGGCCAGAGAACAUACAUAAGAUGAAGCAAAACUCGGAUGUCACACCACUUUCAUUGUUGAAACAUGUUCAAGACCGCGCAGCUCCACUGAUUUCCGGUGGCUUUGACUUCAUACCGCUGGUCUUCGCCAUAUAUGAUGCUGAGUCGGAUGAAGCCACACAAACAUUCUCAGUGCGGGACGAGGUGCGAGAUUUAGAUUUGGACUUUGAUGCGGUGGUAUUUGAAUUUCUGGAUAACUGGGGGGAAUCUACAACCUGCGUCUAUCGCGUUCGCGUUCAUGGAUCAAAAAAGCAGUGA